AUGAGCACAAGAAAACGUCGGGGUGGAACAGUCAAUUCCAGACAAGGCCAGAAGCGAACCCGGUUAGUGCCCUCCCCACCCGAGAUGGCCGUGGAGGCGGAGCCCAUUGAGCUUCUGGAAAGCACUGGAGAUGAAAUUGUGGACCUCACCUGUGAGUCCUUGGAACCCGUGGUCGUUGACCUGACUCACAACGACUCUGUUGUGAUUGUUGAUGAGAGACGGCGGCCCCGGAGGAAUGCCCGGAGGCUGCACGAGGACCAUGCUGACAGCUGUGUGGUGAGCAGUGACGAUGAGGAGGCACCCAGGGACAGCGAUGUGUAUGUGACCCCACACACACCCAGAAACGCCAGGGACGAAGGCACAGCAGGACCCAGGCCUUCCGGCACUGUUAGCUGUCCAAUCUGCAUGGAUGGGUACUCUGAGAUCGUGCAUAAUGGACGUCUUGUUGUUUCUACGGAAUGUGGCCACGUUUUCUGCAGCCAGUGCCUCCGAGAUUCCCUCAGAAAUUCCAACACCUGCCCGACUUGUAGGAAAAAGAUCAACCACAAACGGUACCACCCCAUUUAUAUAUGA